AAGGGGUGCAGGCCAAUGGGCGCGCAGGCUGGCGGCGCCGGGGAAUUCCGCCGCCCCGCCCCCGCCCGCCGCCCGCCGGGCUCUGCCGGCGCCCCCCGCAGCCCCGGGCGCCGCGCGUCUUGCCCGGCCCGCGGCCCCGGGCCUGUGCCGCUCGCCCGAGCCGCGGACGUCCAUCAGCCUGUGCCGCUGGGCCGCCCGGCGUGCCCGCCUGCGUGCUUCGGUCUGGGCCGGCCUCCGGGCCGCCCGUCCUCACUGGCCGGGCCAUGCCGAGUCGCCGCGUCGCCAGACCGCCCGCUGCGCCGGAGCUGGGGGCCCUGGGGCCCGCUGCUGCCGACCUCGCGCUCCCGCUGGCUGUGUCCAGGACCGCAGGGUUCCCAGGACGGAGGAAGCUGGAACGUUACCAGAGACACGGGGUUGGGCAUCUGUCUUGAAAACGCCAAGUCUUGGCCACCUCUGACCUCGCCUUUCUCUUCUCUUCCCUCCACAGAUGAACUGGAGAUCAUCGACGAGUACAUAAAGGAGAACGGCUUCGGCCUGGAGGGGGCGCAGUCGGGGCUGGGCGACGGGCCGCGCCUGGUGUCGCGCGGGGCGGCUUCGCUGAGCACGGUCACCCUGGGCCCCGCCGCCCCGCCCCCCGCCACACCCCCGUCCUGGGUCUGCCCACCCAGCCGGCGGCCGCACCUGGUCAUCACCGAGCAGCCCAAGCAGCGCGGGAUGCGCUUCCGCUACGAGUGCGAGGGCCGCUCCGCCGGCAGCAUCCUGGGCGAGAGCAGCACGGAGGCGAGCAAGACACUGCCUGCCAUCGAGCUUCGGGACUGUGGCGGGCUGCGGGAGGUGGAGGUGACCGCAUGCCUGGUGUGGAAGGACUGGCCCCACCGUGUGCACCCGCACAGCCUUGUGGGAAAGGACUGCGCAGACGGCGUCUGCAGGGUGCGGCUGCGGCCCCACGUCAGCCCCCGGCACAGCUUUAACAACCUAGGCAUCCAGUGUGUGCGGAAGAAGGAGAUCGAGGCCGCCAUUGAGCGCAAGAUCCAGCUGGGCAUUGACCCCUACAAUGCCGGCUCCCUGAAGAACCAUCAGGAGGUGGAUAUGAACGUCGUGAGGAUCUGCUUCCAGGCCUCCUAUCGGGACCAUCAGGGACACACACGCAGGAUGGACCCUGUGCUCUCUGAGCCAGUCUAUGACAAGAAGUCCACAAACACAUCGGAGCUGCGAAUUUGCCGAAUCAACAAGGAGAGCGGGCCAUGCACAGGUGGCGAGGAGCUCUACUUGCUAUGCGACAAAGUGCAGAAAGAGGACAUAUCGGUGGUGUUCAGCACAGCUUCCUGGGAAGGCCGGGCUGACUUCUCCCAGGCCGACGUGCACCGGCAGAUCGCCAUCGUCUUCAAGACGCCACCCUACGAGGACCUGGAGAUCCUGGAACCUGUGACUGUCAACGUCUUCCUGCAAAGGCUCACAGAUGGGGUUUGCAGCGAGCCGCUGCCUUUCACCUACCUGCCCCGGGACCAUGACACCUAUGGAGUGGACAAGAAGCGGAAACGAGGGAUGCCUGAUGUCCUUGGGGAGCUGAACAGUUCUGACCCCCAUGGCAUUGAGAGCAAACGGCGGAAGAAGAAGCCAGUCUUCCUGGACCACUUCCUGCCCAGCCACAGCUCAGGCGCGUUCCUGCCGCAGUCAGCCUUGCUGGCCGACACAGACUUCUUCCCUGGCACCGUGUCCCUGCCCGGCCUCGAGCCCCCCGGUGCACCUGAGCUCCUGGACGAUGGCUUUGCCUACGACCCCACGGCGCCCUCGCUCUUCACCAUGCUGGACCUGUUGCCCCCGCCGCCGCCGCUCGCCAGCGCUGUCCCUGGCGGUGGGGGUGCGGGCCCGGCGGUCGGGGAGCCCCCUGGCCCCGAGCCGCUGACGCUGGACUCAUACGCAGCCUCGGGCUCCGCGGACGGCGGCACCGCCAGCCUCGUGGGCAGCAACAUGUUCCCCAACCAGUACCGCGAGGCGGCCUUCGGGGGCGGCCUGCUGUCCCCAGGGCCCGAGGCCACGUAGCUCCAGAACACUGCGGGGGGUCGGGAGGCUGGCGGGCCAGGUAACCCCAUCCUCGGGCUCACAAUGGUUAACUCCCGACCCCGCGCCCUAUCGGACAUCUGCAGGCCUGGGGAGAAGCGCGGGGCCACGGCUUCCCCUGGAGCCGGGUUUUCAGAUCGGAAAAAGGAAUCGGGGGAGGAAAAGAAGCGCCUUUUCUGGCCGUCGGAGAGAAGAUUAGAAGUAUUGUGCAACCUGCGGGUUGUUUGCAGUCUUCCCAAUAAAAAUUAAUUUUUAAGCUUU